GAGGGGCGCGGGGCGUGUCCUCUCGCGGGCGGCGGGGCGAGGCGGGGCGGGCGGCCGUGGCAGCGCCGCCGCCGCGCCCCUUGGGUCCGCAGCGGCUCCUCCGCCCUCCGCCGCAGCGGCAGCGCUCCGCCGCGACCCGACGGCUCCGAGUUGUCUUUGCAGGGGAUACAGCUUCUUGGAGAGGAUAGAAAAUUAAGAACAGAAACUGGAGUCAUUCACAGUGACAGUAUUCUUACCAGAAGAGAGAUGGCAGAAACCAGUUCUCCUGCAAAUAUCAAGGAAAAGAUCAAUGCAAUCCGAUCAAUUGUUCCAAACAAAAGCAAUAAUGAGAUAGUUUUGGUGUUGCAGCAGUUUGAUAACAAUGUAGACAAAGCUGUUCAAGCUUUUAUGGAUGGUAGUGCAAUUCAGGUUCUAAAAGAAUGGAAUAUGACAGGGAAAAAGAAGAACAACAGGAGAAAAAGAAGCAAAUCUAAACAGCACCAAGGCAAUAAAGAUCCUAAGGAUAAGAAUGAUGGACCUGAGAAGGCACCUCAGGAGCCCCAGGGAAUAUAUGGCUGCCAUCUGAAUGGAUGCUAUAAGGACAGCUCCUGCAGUGAUUCUGCCAAUGAGAAAUUGGAAGCCACUUGUCUUGAGAAUAAAGGCUCAGGAUUUGUAGAGUCGGCACCAGUCUGUCCAGAAAUCACAGACAAAGAACAAGAACAUCGGAGAAUAUCCAUGGAAUUAAGCCCAAAGUCUAUAAAUGGAGUAGAGCAGUGUGAGUCUCCUCAGUCAUCAGUUCAACCUCAGUGUAACCCAGGCAGGCCAAAGUCAAAAUCUUCCUCAGUUAAAUCAUCCAACUCUACAACCCACCUUGAAACAAAGCCAGAUGAUUCAGUGAAAAAAAGAGGGCCAAACAUUGAAAAAUCAUUGAAAGAUUUGCAGCGCUGCACUGUUUCUCUAACCAGAUACCGCAUGAUGAUCAAAGAGGAAGCGGAUAAUUCAGUGAAGAAGAUCAAAGCUGCAUUUGCAGAAUUACACAGCUGCAUCAUAGACAGAGAAGUGUCAUUAAUGGCAGAACUUGAUAAAGUUAAAGAAGAAGCCAUGGAAAUCCUGACUGCUCGGCAGAAGAAAGCUGAGGAGCUGAAGAGACUGACAGACCUAGCCAGUCAGAUGACUGAGGCACAACUGUCUGAACUCAGGGCUGAAAUUAAGCACUUUGUAAGUGAACGGAAAUAUGAUGAAGAGCUGGGCAAGUCUGCCCGAUUUUCCUGUGAUACAGAGCAGCUGAAGACCCAAAUUCAGCUGUGUGGAGAGAUUUCUCGCCCAAAGAACAAUUAUUCCUCAAGAACACCAUGUAGUUCAGUGCUGUCUUCAAUGACUUCACAAGCAACAACUGGCAAGCAAAAUACACACACCCGAAAAUCUUCUAGUAAUGCCAAGAACUCUGAUAAUAAAACAGCCAGCACUAAAGUACAAAGUCAUCUUUCUUCCAAUCCUACAGAAUCCUUUCCCCAAGGAAUCCCAACAAAUAAGCAGAAUGGGCCUUCUAGCCAGAGACGAAGAUUCAACCCUCAUCAUCAAAACACCCGGCUCAAUGGAUCUCUUAAGUCACAAGGCGCCAGUAAUGAGGCAGAUCAAAGUAAUAUAAAGAGUGGUUCCAGAUCUGAACACAGAAGACAGCAGCCUAACAGCUUCAGACCUAAAAACAAGGGAGCUAUGAAAAAUCAAGAGCAGUCCACAACUACAAGGACCACAGAGAAUAUGACACAUUCAGAAAAAAACCGACGGAAGCAUCAUACACCAGACACCACAGAUAGCAGGCCCUUCCGAGACAGUGUUGGCAGGGUGUCACAAUGCAAUUUAUGCCCUGCAAGGAUGGAAGUCUCUGCUGAUGCCACUGUUCUUUCAGUGCCAGCUGUGACUUUGGUGGCUUAAAAUGUCACAGUGAAGGCAGGCAGAGAAAUUUAAUCUCUUCAUUUUAGUUUACUGCUCAAGAUGCUUUUUGAAACAGUGAGGAAAAUAAGUCAGAACACAGUCAUUUUAAAUCUGUUGCUGCUUAAAAAUUUUUGGUAUCUUUAUUACUUACCAAUUAUCAGCAUUAAUUCAUACUUUCAAGGCUUUGCCCAAUAUGCUCAGUUAUUUUGUCAUGACAGUACAGAAUCUUACCAAAGCAGCAUUUAUUUCUUAGAAGAAUGAAAUCUAGAUUGAAAAAAUAAAUUGAAGAUUAAAUUCACAAUAGCAAAAGACCUGUUGUAGAUACAUGGUUAUACCAGUCAACAUUAUUGUUUUUUAGGGCAGCCAGUGUUAGGAAAGAUCCCAAGAAGUUUGUAUGCUCUGGUUGUAAUGAAAUCGAAUAAUCCUGUAGAAUUUUUCUGAAAAAAUCUAUACACCUUUCUUUCUGUGUUUGUAUAUGUGUGUGUAUAUAUGCACAUGCAUACAUACACGUUCAUGCACGCACACUGUAUACACAGAGUAUUGUUAUAUACAAAAAAAUUUGAAAAAGUAGUACAUUUGAUUUUUUGCUUAUUAUUCCAUAAUCUGAGAUCUUUAAAUUCAAGUAUAAAUUCUAUUAAAUAUACUACAUAUUGGUAUUUUUCACUGACAAACUAUUUUUAUGAGGCUGAGAAAAAUGCUCAUUUCUUAAGUUUGGAAUGUAUAUAGUCAUGGUUAUUCAGAUGCACAGCCCUACUCUCCAUAUCAGUCACUUUUCUAUGACUGGUUGGAUUUUUUUUUUUCUUUUUUUUUUUUUUUUGCAUAUGAGAAGUUGCAGGUGUUCUAGACUUGAAUCCAAAUUAUUUUUCUAUAUUUUUUUCUGUAGGAACCAUCUGUCCUAUACAAGAGCUAUGGCUCUAAUAUUUGUUACAGCAACAUUCAGCAGAACGUGGAAGUACAUAUUUGAGCAGAUAUCACAUCCUUCUGAGUUUUCUAUUCAAAUAAAAAAACUUAGUGUUAAUGUCUGAUUCUGUAUUUUAGAAAACUUGUUUCUUCCAAAAAAUUAAAAUCUCCUUUCUAAAAUA